AAAAUUAAAAGGGGUAACUGUCCAAUCAACAAAAGCCUGGACCAGCAGCAAGGUAGUUUUAUUUUGUUAUAAAUCUCAUCUCAAGACUUUCAAUGUUCAGUUACAAUCAGAGAAACAGGGAGAGUUCUGUAAUUUGACUUUACCUUUAAUGGGCUAAAUUGUCUGGGCACCUCUCCUAAUUUUAUCAACCGGUUUUUGGUUACUGAUUGCUAGAAACUGUGCUGUGUUGGGAAAGUUCCCGGUUAAAAACUGUCUUGCAAUACUGUUUCUUAUGGGUAGUUUUUCUUUUUAAAUUACUUAGAAAACAGCUAGGCGGAUGGUAGUAGACUAGUAGUAAGUAGAACCCAAGGCCAAUGCUGCCUGUCAGCUCAACAUGAAUUUUCAUUUUUAACAAAUUUCACUUAACUAAGUCACCUUUCCAUUUCUUCUGGACGGAUUACAUUACAUCAGAUACUUUUGUCCUGGGAGAUAAAACUCCCAUACUCAUGUUGGAGGGACAAAUCAGGUGAAGUAGGUGAGUUCCCUAACUCUCUUUGUUUUCAGCAGUUGAGUUCAUUGAGCUUCAUAUUUUUUUUUAUCAGGUCGGUUUCUUUUUGGCCCUUUAAUCUCCUUUUAGCUUUCUAGGUUGAUGGGAAUGAUAUGGAUUUUCAUCUGGGUUUUAAUUGCUUUAUGUUGGAUGGUUUGCUUUAAUGGCAGAUAUGUUCAAGAAUCAACUGCAGGAACUUGCACAAAGAAGCUGUUUUAAUCUCCCUUCUUAUGCCUGCAUCAGAGAAGGACCUGAUCAUGCACCAAGAUUUAAAGCGUCUGUGAACUUCAAUGGUGAGAUCUUUGAAAGCCCAAGCUACUGCCCUACACUGAGACAGGCUGAGCAUGCUGCUGCAGAGGUAGCUCUCAGUAUUCUGUCUGCAAGGGGGCCUUCAAGGUCUCUCACUGCAAGAGUUCUUGAUGAGACCGGAAUUUAUAAGAACCUCCUUCAGGAAACUGCUCAUAGAGCUGGGCUUAACCUCCCUGCGUACACCACUAUAAGAUCAGGUCCUGGUCAUGUCCCAACCUUCACUUGCACUGUGGAGCUUGCCGGUAUGAAUUUCACGGGUGAACCAGCCAAAACGAAGAAGCAAGCUGAGAAGAAUGCAGCAAUUGCAGCCUGGUCUGCCUUGAAAAGAAUGCCAACCUUGGAUUCAUGGACAAAUAAAGAAGCCGACAAUCGUGAGGAUCAGGAUCAGGCAGUUGUGUCAAGAGUCCUCUCAAGCUUCAGGCCAAAGGAUGACAGCAAACAAUUUAGGAGGAGGGAUUACAACCAAGGAAAAAGAAGAGUGGUCAGGGGUAACAGGGACAUCGGGGCUCCAUUUUCUUCCACCUCUGGUAACUCUCUGAUUCAUCAACAAUGGAGGCUUAUGGAUCUCUUAAUGGAUUCAACCUUGGAUGGUUCAACACAAAAACAAAACAGCUUUGUAUCUCUCCUUCCUCCACCCCCACCUAGAACAGCUUCAAAGAUCUUACCACCAACUCCACCAAGGGACAGUCCAUUUAACCAUUCAUCUAAUAGACCUAUUCUGCCUCCUCCACUUGAAGAACAUCUAAAGGAUGAGGAAGAAUGGCUUGGUGUCAAACAAGAUCGUGUCAUCAACAAGUACAUUGAAAAGGAAGGUUCAAGUUCUAGCAAUUUAGUUUCAAAUAGUAACGUCUCUGGGGCAAAUACUAGUAGUAGUACUUCUAUAUACAGGCCAGUUCCGAUAUCCAGUACUGGGAAACCCAAUACUUGCAAGCAUGACAGCGCAACAAGAACUGAAGCAAACCAGAUUAUCAGCAGGAUUUUUGGGUCUCCAAAUCCAUCGCAAAUGACACCAACUUCUGUCAAGACACCUACAAUGGCCCGGAACAUGUACACUGGAGGGUUUAACCCACAUAGGAUUGCCCCAGCAGUUAAAAUCAGAUCAGUGAUUCCAGUUUGUGCAGCUCCACCAUCACCAAACAGACCCCAGGAAAUAGGAUCAAUCCCCUCAACAAGCCUAAAUACUGCUGCUUCUCCGUCUAGUUCAAUGUCCAUGGAAAUAGGAUCAACUGAGGUCUCAUCACCAGCCAGCUCAGUACUGUUCCAUAAGUCACAGCCAAUCUCUGACCAACUCAGUUCUGAGUUGAUGAAUCUACAAUUAACGAAGUAAAGCCAAAGAGAUCAUCUUUUCUAAUAUCAAGUGAUUAACCCAUUAUUAGCAUUUCUUGCAUGUUUUUAUCUCUUGGGUUGUCCGCUAAAUGUGUUUUUGGCCUUUGUAAAACCAUGGUUUUUCAUUUUUUUUCUCCCUUUUUCUUGUUUUCCUGGAUGACUUUUGCAUG